UAAUCCUAUUCCACUGAUCGCUCUUGCCAGUGUGCUUGCAUCUUUCUUGCGAACAGGUUUGAAGUUUUGUUCACUCUCGAGAUUUGCGGCAAAAUGGUCUGCAAGAUGUUUCUAAAACUUGUGCUUCUAACGCUAGUUGCCCACUGUGUCACGGAAGGAGCACCGGCCCAAGGAGUGGAUCCAAAUUUGAAGAGUUUUUACAUCGAAUCGGACGAUAACGAGCAAAUGUUUUCCUAUGCGACAAAAGAUGGCCAAUCGCGGAAAGAAACGAACUACUUCGAUCCGAAAACGGGCAAGCUCGUCAUCUCGGGAUGGUAUCGAUACACUGGACCGGACGGCGUGCUCUACACCGUCCAAUACGUGGCGGACGAAAACGGGUUUCAGCCACUGGGCGCUCAUCUGCCCGGAGCCGAUCCGAACCCCUAUUUGUACACCAUUUCCGUCCCAUUUGCUGGGGGCAUUUCCAAAACUGUGCUCUUAUCACUGGUUGGAUAGAAAAUGUUAAAGGCAUAUGAAACUGAUCGAACGGAUGAAUGGGAUAGGACGGGAGGUUCGUCAGGAUAGUUUGGAUUUAUCGCUCGAAACUUAUCAUAGUGAAGUUUAUAGAGGUGUUUCUUUUUUCACCUUAACGAACUCCGGGCGAAUCGUUUGCUGUCCCCCCACUCACGUAACCAAAACAAAUCAGUCCCACAGAUCAAUGAUAAUGAAUAAAACGCUAGUCGGUCGAUCAACCGUGGCUAGCAAAAUCAAA